GGGCGGCCGCGUGGCUGGUAGGUAGGCAGGCGGUCAGGCAGGUUUCCGUUCCCAUGGUGAUGAGCGCAGCCUCUUUCCCCUCCCUUGGUUCCGGGACUGAGCCACUCGAAAGUCCGCCCGGGCCGGCCCGAGCCAAGCUGAGUGCAGCGGCCCACAUCUGGGCAGCGGGUCAGUGUGAUGGGGGUGGACGAGGCUUACAAAUCGAUGGGCGGGGUCGGCAGAUACCAAGUAUACCUCAUCGUCUUAUUGAACUUGCUGCAGGUUUUUGUUGCAGCCCAGGCAGUCUUCAUGACUAUAGCUGGAGCAAGGGUACCUUAUCACUGGGACUUUGGAAACAUUUCACCAGCUUCAAGCCACGAUAACAUUUCAAUCAAUCAGAAUGAGGCAUUUAAGCACUGGCUUCAUAUGGUGAACAAGUCUGAGAUUCAAAGGCAUGUGCAUUUUGAUACUGGUUCCUCAUCUGUUAUCAGAGAGUGGUUCCUCAUUGGAGAUGCUUCAUACAAAAUUUUUUUGGCCAGUUCAGUAUAUUUCUUUGGUGUCUUGGUUGGUGUAAUCAUUUUUGGACAACUUUCUGAUCGAUUUGGAAGGAAGAAAGUUUACUUAACAGGUCUUUUUCUAGAUAUAAUACUUGGAAUUGUAAGUGGACUCACUCCUACCUAUGACAUCUUUGCGGUAUCCCGUUUUGGUGUUGGCGUGAUGAAUGGAGGAAUGUCAUUGGUGUCCUUUGUUCUACUCCAGGAAUAUGUGGCUGUUUCUUAUUGGGCACUAACUGGGUCACUACAGAGUCUUUCAUUUGCUGCUGGAAUUUCUCUCUAUGCCCUGCUUGGAUACUUUAUUCGACCAUGGCGGAUUUUGGCCAUUGUGAUCAAUAUUGAGGGCAUACUCAUUCUGCUCCCAUCUUUAUGUAUCCCAGAAUCUCCACAUUGGCUGUACACUCAAGGGCGGUGGAAUGAAGCAAAGAAUAUACUUGACAACUUUGCAAAAAAGAAUGGUCAGCAGAAGUAUUCAGUAUUUCUGAAGCCACCAACUGGAGAAAUUGAUGAUGAGUCCAGUAAUAUGUUUGAUCUUUUCCGGGAUCGAGUUCUCUUGUGGCGGACAUUGAUAAUGAUGUAUGUUUGGUUUAUAUGCAGUCUUGUAUAUUAUGGGCUGACUCUAAAUUCCAGUGACAUGGGUGGUAAUCAAUAUCUAAAUGUAGCACUUUCGGGAAUAGCUGAGUUGCCUUCAUAUCCUCUCUGUUUCUUUCUGUUGAACCGCUCUUGGUCAGGCCGUAGACGGACAUUAGCAGGAUUCCUUCUGUUGGGAGGUGCCACUUGUCUUAUUAUAAUUUUGUUGCCAGAAAAGAAAGGCAUUGGAAUAUAUUCUGUUAUCAACAGUCAAGCAUUUUCUAUAUUGGGUAAACUUUCAAUAAGCGCUGCAUUUAAUGUGGUCUACAUUUACACCUCUGAGCUCUAUCCCACAUCUGUCAGGAAUGUUGGGCUAGGCAUUUGUUCAAUGUGUGCUAGACUGGGAGGAAUCCUUGCACCUUUUCUUCCAUUACUGAAAUCCAUUCAGGCAUCAUUGCAUUUUGUUGUGUUUGGAGCCACCGGACUGCUAGCAGGCGUCCUCAGUUUGUUGCUGCCUGAAACAUUGGACAAAUCUCUUCCAGAAAAGAUCUCUGAUCUGCACAUUAUCACAUAUCGCCAGCUUGGGGAAGAAGUAGUCCCACUGCAGUCACAGGAAAAUAAAAUGGCAAGUGAUGGGAAUCAUGCAGGAGACCAUAAUGGUGAGAAUGAAGAGGAUGGUGAUACUGAUGAAGAGACCAAAUUGAUCAAGUGAUAUUCAAAGAUUAUUUUACAAAUCAAAUUGCAAUUUAGUGACAAUUCAUUAUCAGCACUUUACGUACAUGUUUUUCAAUUUAUUAAGAGUCAUCAAUGCAUAGUUUAUUUCUUGCAAUGGUGCAGUAGUAACUGGGAUGUUACAGGCAGUGUCACAUUCAAGGUAUUUGCAAACUGUGACCUGUCAAUAAUACAAAUAUUUCUGAUGGUGCAAUAUUUCGAGUAUUCUACUAUCUACUUUGACAUGUGAAUUUAAUAUAUGGUUUAUUUUGAUGAUGUUGGUGGUCCUCGAUUAUUUGGAAACUUGUAUUAAUAGAUAUCUUUGCAAUAUAUUCAUACAUUUGUUGAUAUUCAGCCUCUUUCCUUUGCAUACUAAGGUUGGCCUGAUUAGCAGUGUUCAUUUCUGACUUGGCCUGUUGGUUCUGGCCUGACUUUGCGAUUUGAAUACAGGAACAAUACUUCCACCAGACUGUGAUGUGGUCCUUUGGAAGAAUCAGUAAAGUUAGAUCCAUCCCGGUUUUUAGCUUACAGGCAAAUGUUAAAAUCACAGCAGCACUUGUGGAAGAUGAGCAAAAGGAGUUCUUCCCAUUUUCUGCUCAAAACGUAUGUUUUUUCUCAGUUGAUGCUCCUAAGAAACUAUUAACUGCAUUCAUUGCAUUAGUAAGAUCUUGCUCAACACAGAUGAACUGUUGUAUUUGGCUCCGGUUCAACAGUGACUACUGUUUUUUUUAAAUGAAUGUGUAAAAUGCUUUGAGAUGCCUCUAAAAUGCAGGCUGCUCUAUAGUUUUAUGAAGUUUUUUUGCACAUGUCUCAAAUUCUUAAAGUCUUCCUGUGUGACCACUGGACAAACAUCUACCUAAUUUUCAUUGGUAGGCUGUGUGGUUUAUAUUUGUUGCCGAGAAUUGCAAAGCUGGCAUUUAUUGUCUGUCAAUAAUUGCUUUCAGAAGAUGGUGUUGCAUGUUCUCUUAGAAAAAAAUUAUGUUGAUCAAGGUGAGAUUUAUGUUGAAAAUGGAACAUGUAUACGCUGUCUUCCAAAAUUAGCAUCAGAUGCUCAAAUUAGAUAGACCAUGGUCUAAUUCACAAUAAAAGUCUUUCUGCUCUGCCCAAUCUGAGAAAAGCAUUUUCAGGAGCACAGAAUCGUUAUGAUGCAGGAGGAGGUCUUUCUGCUCAGCAGCUCUGUACUGGUUCUCUGAGCUUUUUAACUUGGUGCCAAUCUUCUGAUUUUUUUCCUUGUAACUAUGCACAUUGUUUCUAUGUAGGUAAUCAUUCAAUAUUCUCAUUAAAUCCUUAAUUUUACAUAUUUCCACUAUAUGAUAAUAAAAUCUUCAUCACUUAACCAAUUUAAUAAUUUACACAGUUGAAUUGUCAGUUAAAUUCCAGAUUAUGAUAGUUUGAGGCUCUAAGUCCAAGUCCAUUAUAGAACUAGGUUAAGAUCAUUUGAACCGGUUUCAAGGGAAUAACAUUUGCGAGGCAUUAUGUUGUUGUUAAGCUGUGUUUACUUCUAUCACAUUAAUGCAAAGAUAACUUUUCUGAACCAAAAUAAAAGCAAAGGACUGCAGAUAGUGGAAAUCGAAACAAAAACAGAAUGUGUCGGAGAUAACUCAACAGGUCUGGCAGCAUCUGUAGAGAAACAAGCAUAUUUAAUGCUUCACGUCCAGUGAUCCUUCAUCAGAAUAGGCGAAGAGUCGCUGGACUGAAAACAUAAGCUCUGUUUUUCUCUCUGCAUUCUGUUUACAUUUCUCUGCACCACCUUGCCUAACUAAUCAUUUUUGCUUUUAACAAUCUUUAAGAUAGAUUGCAGAGGUUUGACUUUAGAAUGAAGAAUUUAAACAGCAUCAUUCACAGCUAAAACUGAUCAAGAGGCAUGGCUUUAAUUUAUCAAUAAAAUGCUCAUCAGAGACAUUGGUCCAGAUUUUCCAAUCUCCUGCUAGAGACCAGACAUAUCUCUAAAGACAUGUGUCAGAUCCCUUGGAAUAGCAUGAUGCGUUUACUCUGUGGAAAUUGACUGGGAUGUAUGAACAUCCAAUAGGUUUUUCUCCAGGACCCCAGGACCCUGCAUGAAUGUCGAUAAUGGUGAGUUGAAUUCAGACAUUUGGGCAAGACUUGCUAACCUGGAUAGUGACCCAAGAAAUGAAAGAUAUAAAAAAAACUAAAUCCUUGAUAACUAUAUGACUGACUACUCUCCCAAUCCUGAUCUUCUCCACCAAUAUCCCACCACUGACUUGAGCAGGCCUGACUCUACCUCACCACUCUGCUGUCCUGCCUCCUUACCUUUCUUUCACCACCUUAUCUACAACUCAAUCACCCUAACUUCUUUCCAACUUACUUCACCCAGAAUACCUUACCCUUUUACACACAUACAUAUUCUACCAUACAUUCUUAUGCUCACACUAACAUGCAAAGAGUUUGCAGAAUUUGAACUUAUUCUAGUAUGUGGCAGGUCGUGCAGUAAAAAUGGUGUGUGACCCCUACUCCCUCUACAGUUUCCUGCGCUGACUGAGUUUUGAAGAAUCAAACCUGUAAAGGUUGGUCAGAAAAAUGAAGAAAAUGGGAAAUAGGUAAACUUUUGCCUGACCAACAUUAGAAAAAUGGCAUCUGACUCUGACCAGAAGAUUUGGACCAAUGUUUAAGUUCUCUUUUAGAUUUAUUGUAAGCUUUGUAGCAAAGUCCUCUGAAAAUAGAUUUUGAAUUGAAGUAAAAUCCUACCUCUCUGUUGGACAAAUGUUUGCUGAAUUUGAUGCAAAAAGCUGACAAAAAUGCAGCAGAGUUACUCUUUCAAGCACUAGGAUAAUCAGAUAUUAUACAUUAAAAACUAAUAUCAAAAACAUAGUACCAUGAUUUUGUAACACAUAAUUACACUAACAUUUUCAAAAAUAAAGUUCUAUAUUUUGUACUAUCUCGUGCAUUGUGAAAGUGUUAUCAUUCUUGAAAAGAAAAGUUAAUUUCAAUUAGCUUGCCAAAACGUUUGGCAAAUAGUCAAUUAAAAUGGCAACUGAGGAGACUUAAGAUUGUUCAAAGACAUGAGUUGCUCUUCAGAUUCUUUGUAAAACUUUACUGUGUGGCCACCUGAACUGCAAUACCCCCUACCUGUGUAUCCAAUGUAUCUUAUUCCUGCAAUUGUGAAUAGGGCCAACUGGGUGCACCUAACUGUGGCUCUUGUCUGACUUCUAGCACUGGAAUAGAUAGAGCAAAAUGUUUAUAUUUGUUUUCAUUUUACAGUGGAUUAGAACAGCUGGAUAUGAAUGAGUACAGGAAAUAUUUCUAGAGCUCACUCAUAUAGCAAGUACAGAACAAGUUCUCAAUAGAGUGCCAAAGUGUUCACCCAAUUAACUGUUUAUUAUUAUCAUUAUUAUGUGUAUCAAUUUUAUUCAGAUGCAAAGUUUCUCCAGGCUUCCGUAAAUUUCAAAAUUGGAACUAGUUACUGAGAUUUUCCAGUGUUUUGUACAAUUUAUGUAUAUGUAAAUUCACUAAUCCAGAACAUGCUGGAAAGAAAUAAA